GCUGGAGAAGCUGCUGCCAUGGCCUCCGGUUCAUCUAGAGCAAGGGAAGGAGGAGAAGGAAGCUCCCACCAUACUGUCCUGCAGCAUUGGCCGGAUCCUGGGUACCUGGGCUGUGACUCUACCAGCUGCGGAGUCAGCACAGCCCGAUCCUGGCCGGAGCGAGGAAGGCUUGGAGAUGCCGAGGCAGUCAGCCACCGAAGCCGGCUCAGGAAAGGGAAUUUCCAGCCAAAACUGCAUUUGGAGCAUUUGGAGGAGAAGCUGAAGCUCCUGGGUCUGGAAGGAGGCAGGGAGGAGAAGGAGCAUCUCUGCUCCUGGCGCAAGAAGACGGUCACCUUCAAGGGUGGUGCAAAAGCAUCUGCCUCCAGCCGUGAUGGACCAAGGGCUCGCGGAGGUCCCACGACAGCCUACAUAGAGGAAUCUGCCCAAGAGGACAAAGAGCAAAUACACAGUGACCUGGAGAAGCUCGAGAAACAAAGGGAAGAGAUUUUGGAAUUGAAAAUAAGUGGAGAGAGGCGAUGCCAGGACUUUUUGACGCAGACGGAAGUCGAGAGGCAGAAGAUUGUGUCCGAAUUUCGGCAGCUGCGCCGGUUUCUGAAGGACCAGGAGCUCGUCCUCCUGGCCCGGCUGGGAGAGCUGGACAGAGAGAUGAUGAGGAGGCAGGAGGAAGAGGAGACCAAGAUGUCAGGGGAGAUUUCACUCCUCGAUGUCCUGAUCUGCGAGAUGGAGAAGAUGCUUGAGCAACCUGCGAGGACAUUCCUGCAGGAUGCCCGAAGCACUCUGGACAGGUGGGAGAUGGGCAGCGCUCGGAGGGUGAUGGAGACCUUCUCAGACCUGGAGCAGAGGCUCCGUGUCAUUUCUCGACAAAAUGAUGUCCUCAGAGAGACGCUGGGAAGAUUUCAAGACAUUUUGCCAUCUGAGCUGGAGAAAGAGCAAGGACCAUCUCUAGGAGGAGAUGGAAAAGCAUUCGUGACUCUGGACCCUGACACUGCCAACACCCGGCUCAUCCUGUCCCGGGACCGGCGGGGGGUGAGAUGGACGGAUGUGGGGCAGGAUCUGCCCGCCACCCCCCAGCGAUUCGAUGCCUCCUGCUGCGUGCUGGGCUGCCGAGGCUUCACCGUGGGGAGACAUUGCUGGGAGGUGGAGGUGGCCGGAGGCAGGACCUGGGCGCUGGGGGUGGCCCGAUGCUCCGUGCCCAGGAAGGGCUGGCUUGAGUUUCAACCGGAGAAGGGGAUCUGGGCGAUGGGGCGGUGCGGGAAUCAGUACCGCGCCUUCGCUUCCCCCAUCACCACCUUCCCCGCCACUGGGGAAACUGGGAGGGUGCGGGUGGCUCUGGACUAUGGAGGGGGGCAAGUGGCAUUUUACCUCGCCGAGCGUGAGCCCCCCAUCUUUACGUUCCAAAAAGCCUUGUUCGGUGGGGAGAGUAUCUUCCCUUUCUUCUGGGUGGGGAGAGGCUCCCACCUCCGCCUCUGCCCAUGAGCUUUCCCUGCUCUCACCAACUCCAGC